AUGUCCGUCCGCGACGACCUUGUGCAGCAGGGCGUGCGCUUCCUGCAGCACCCGAAGGUGCAGGACACGCCGCUGUCGGAGCGCCUGCUGUUCCUGGAGAAGAAGGGGCUCACGCCCAAGGAGAUCGCGGCGGCGCUCAAGCUCAACGACGAGAAGAACGCGGCGAGGGCGGCUCAGGCCGUCGCCUCCGUGACCAGCGGCAAGAGCGGCGAGCGACUGCAGGGCCGCGUGGGCGUCGUGGUGGGCGGAAACGUGGGGCUGGGACAGCUCAUCGCCGUCAAGUUGGCCAAGGAGGGCGCCAAGCUCGCUGUUAUUGGAGCCAGGGGCGCCGAUGCACUGAACUCGCCGCAGACCAAGAACGUGGAGGCUCAGAUCCAGGCGCUGGAGGGCGCGAUGCCCGUCAAAGUGUUCGAGGGCGAGCUGCAGAGCUGGGGCUUCGUGGACAAGACGUACGCAGCCAUUGCCAUGGAGUUCGGACGCAUCGACUUUGUCGUGAACUGCGUCCCGGCCCCAAAGGACAGCGGCGUGAAGCCUACCGCUCUGGUGGAUGUGGACGCUGCCGCGUGGGACGAAGCCAUGGGCGUCUCGGCCAAGGCGGUGUUCCUGAGCUGCAAGCGAGCGGUGCAGCAGAUGCUGACGCAGGACAACGGAACGGUUCGAGGUCGGAUCGUGAACAUCUCGUCGCUGUAUGGCAUGGUGGCGCGGAAGGGUCACUUCACGUUCGGAGUGGGCAAGGCGGCGAUCGUGCAGCUCACCCGUCAGAUCGCUGCGGAGUACGCUUCUAGCGGAAUUGUCUGCAAUGCGGUGGCUCCUGGCUUUAUCGAUGACUCGAUCAGUCGCGACGACUGCCUCGCGCCGGCUUCGAACAACCGGAUUCCGGCUGAAGAGCCUGGCAAGGCGAUGGACGUGGCCAACGCCGUCACCUUCCUCGUGUCGGACGACGCCCGCUAUGUGCACGGAAUCAACCUGCUUGUCGACGGCGGCUACAUGGCUUCGUAA